AUGCACAAACUGGUCGCUCUCUUCGCUCUGUUCGCCUGUGCCCUGGCCGCCCCGGCACCGGAACCUGCGCCAGGUCUCUUGGCCGCCGCACCGGCAGCAUACCACGCUGCACCUCUCGUCGCCGCGGCACCUCUCGCGGUAGCUCACACCGUGCCCGUUGCCACCAGCUACGCCAACACCUACAAACUCUCGGUGAGGAGCCCGGUAGUGGCCGCAGCUCCCUACAUCGCAGCUCCGGUAGCGACCGCAGCCGUCGUCAAGACCGCCGCUCCCAUCGUCGCCGCUGCACCAGCCACAACCGUCCUCGCACACGCCCCGAUGGUUCUCGCUGUCGCGAUCGCGACGGUUCACACCGCUCCGACGUCUCCGCCGGCACUUAGAGGGGUGAUUUCCGAAGAAUCUGCCAGCUUGCCAACCCCAACACCGACACCAGCACCGGCUUUAGACUCGUCGUCUUCGUCUCUAUCACCAGCAAGGUCCGCCGCAUCGGCGAAAGCUCUGACCACGAUAACCGAGAUAAAAACACCAGCCUCGACGACGAAACUGACGCAUUGGCUAGCCGCUGCGCCCGUCUUAUCGCCUUUGCAGGUGUCGCCGUACGCUUACGCGUUACCAGCGCUCGAACUAGCAGCAGCAGCAGCACCUUCCACUUACUCGAUCGAACAGCACGGAUAUCGCAUUAUCUACUAGCACCGUGAACCGUGAAUCGUCGCUCGUCGUUGGAUUCAGGUGGUAACGCGGCUCGACGAGUCCAGCCUGUACCAACACGGAGAAAACGAC